AUGUUUUUCAAGUCCCUUGUUCUCCCAGCACUCUUCACUAUCGUGAGAGCAGCUGGGGAUGGUGUUCGAUACGAAACCCGUACUGCCACCAUCACGCAAUGCUUCACACGCGAUGCUCUAGCCGCGCCUACUCCCGUUGUAAUUGGCGCCACGGCCAUCGUCUACGAGCCAGCUGUCACCGGAGGACCCAUUAUUGUCGAGGUUGAUGCCCCUAACUGCGAAUCCUGCGGCUGCCCGACAUGCGUGCACACGGUUGAGUACACUACCAAAUUCCAAUGCUUCUGCUCCACUGGUCUUUGCGAUCAGGAGUAUUCCAUCAAGGAGAAGUACAAGGGUAUGAAGGACAAGCCGGCCAUGGAUUCACACUCGAUUCCGAUUGGGUUCACGUGUGACGUACAGACCUGUACUACUUGUGGCCCUGAGCCCAUUACUGCCACUAUCACGUACCCUGUGAAGGAUCGUCCUUAUAUGAACGAUGUUGCGCAUCCCACUGCAGUGCCGACUUCUGGAAGCAAGGGCGAUGACUACAAGCCCGAGGGUGACUACAAGCCCGAGGGUGACUACAAGCCCGAGGGUGACUACAAGCCCGAGGGUAACAACAAGGUCGACGACUAUGAUAACGGUGCUAAACCUGUCAACGAACCCAACUAUCCAGAUGCUCCUGCCCCUGCCAAGAAGCCCGAAGGAGAACCCAUGCCUGUGCCCAAGCCUAAUGAGAGCAAUGGCUUCUACUCAAGCGUCAAGCCCACCUCUGGAUCUGAUGCCCAAGAGAGUGGUUAUCCUGGAGCUGAAGAUGAACACCCUGUCAUUGUGUCGGGGGCUGUAGGCCGAGAGGUUGGAAUAAUUGGUGCUGGAGUGGCUGUCGUUAUGGUUCUACUUUCUCUUUAA